AUGACAGAACAUGGCCUCAGUUGGAACUCGCUCGUCGCUUUCGAUAACGUCGCAGCUGGCCAUGAGGGUGUCAUGUCAGAUGCGUCCGGUAGUCUGAUCAUUAAACCAUGUGUCGCUGCCGAGGUGGAAUUCUAUGAGGUGUCCAAUUCUGCGCAUCCAGACUUUGCCCAGCUGAUGCCAAACUUCAUGGGCAGCUUACAGCGCGGCCAGUCGAAAGAGCUCCAAGAUCACGUUACGGCAUCGCACUCUGCCAGCAGAAGUGCAAUCAUUUUACCCGCCGCUCUUGACGCCGAACAAGAUGAAAAGAACUCGAGAGAUACAGACAAAGCAAGCGAUCCGCUACACGGGAAGAAACUGGAUACAGAACUCGCCAUCGUAUUAGAAAAUGUGCUGGCUGGCUUUCGUAAGCCCAAUUUUGUCGAUGUGAAGCUGGGAAAACGACUAUGGGCAGACGACGCACCACUCGCCAAAAGGAAGAAGCUGGACGAUGUUGCAUCCGAGACAACCAGUGGUUCGCUUGGGUUCAGGGUUGCAGGCAUGAAGAUUUGGCAUCCUGAAGGCCCGGGAGAGUACGAAGUGUUCGACAAAUUUUAUGGUCGCAACUUGACACCAGACAAUGUGAAGGAUGCUUUUUCCGCGUUGCUAUGUCUCGACCAGAAGACGGAGGACUCGGAUGUUAUCGAUGAUAUCAUCAGCAACAUUGAAGAGGCAGUUGGCUCUAUAGAGCAGAUCGUAGCGAAGCAGGAGAGCAGGAUGUACUCGGCGAGUCUGCUAUUCGUCUAUGAGGGAGAUCCACAAGCACGGAAGCAGGCCAUUGACAUGGCUGUUGCACAAACGACGCUGCCCGUUGCGGACUCCGUCGAUGUCUCGCAAGCUGCAAGGGAAGAAGAGGAGGAGGAUGAGGGUAGUGGUGGAGAUGAUGGAGAUGAUGGAGACGAUGAGCAAGUCGAACCAAAGCUGUUCGACAUUAAGAUGAUCGAUUUCGCGCAUGCAAGUUGGACACCUGGGCAGGGACCAGAUGAGAACAUGCUAGCCGGAAUCCGCAACGUUCGCAAGGUUCUAAACAGUUUGAUCAAACAAGGCAGUCACAGUUGA